AUGGAUUUCUCGUCUCUUCUUUACGAAACAUUCGCUCUGUUUGAGUGUCACUUUCUUACGCUCAUACUGACUUGCUCUUGUUGGGGAGUGGUUUACUUACUUGGGAAGUUUAAUGUGAACACUGAUUUGGUACUUGGCCAAUUUACACCACUAUGGCCACUUGCAUGGAGGAUCUUAACGUGUUUGGUGAUUUGCAUAGCACUUCAUAUACUAUGCUUGUCACUACCUGGUGUAAUCGCAGCAGCCAUUGCCCCUACUCUGCCGCUGAUUAUCUUCCCACUGCUUGUGGUCUAUGUGUUGGACCAUCGUGGCAUGUCAGCCAACUGUUUAUUGAUGAUAAGGGAUAUGCUUAUGAUGGUAUCGUUCAGAGCAACGUUCUUGGCGGAUUUAUUGACAUCUGUGCCAAGGGUUUUCUCUAGUUUCACUUGCUCAUGGAUGAUAAUAACUGGAGGGGUUCUUGGAUUGAGAAGGAAAGCUGAAGUCCUUCAUGAAUGCUGGGAAGUAUGCUUUUUCAAUCCUAUCUCUAGUGUUCCAAGCUCUUUAUGCAAUGGAUGGGAAAUGGGAGGUGGCGUUCAUGCGGGUUGCUGCAAUGAGUCACUUUACUCAUUCGCAUGGGACAUCCUAUUUGAUUGGGAUAUGAUAGGAAGGAUGAAGAAUGUGCAGCUUUUUCCAAAUAAUGACACACACAUGGCAGUUAGAGUGAUCUUCUACAUAUGGUUCAUUUUGAGUGACCUCAUUAUGAGAUAUGCCUGGUACUUAAAGAAGUUGAGCGGGAAGCACUCCUUGAUAGCAUUUGGCUACGCUUUGCUGGAGUUGUAUCGCCGCUUCCAGUGGAUGUUCCUUCGAAUUGAAGUAGAAGCUGCACAGCAAGGGCCGGAUGGAGAGAAUCUGGAAGAUCCAUUACUUUGUUGA